AUGAUUUUCUCGCGGAGAAUAGCUUCAGUCUCACGACUGCUGAAGACUCUAGAUCAGUCCCAGACACGACGGGCCAGUCAAGCAGCAGGGGCUCUCCUGAACAAACCGAUAGACUUCAAGAAAACUUCUGUCUUACAUCAGUCACAAGCCAGUGUCAGAAAUGCUUUUGGUCUCCCGCAGGAUGCUCCUGUCGACAUGCUCAAUCUUCAUGGCGCCAUCAACUCUUCCCUCCACCAUGCCAUGAAAGUGGACGAAAGCGUCAUUCUAUUUGGAGAAGACGUCGCUUUUGGUGGCGUAUUUCGGUGUUCAAAAGGUCUAGCCGACGAGUUCGGUGCAAGCCGCGUCUUUAACACUCCCUUGACCGAGCAGGGUAUAGCUGGCUUCGCCAUUGGCUGUGCCGCUGAAGGCAUGAAACCUGUCGCCGAGAUUCAGUUUGCCGAUUAUGUUUAUCCUGCUUUUGAUCAACUUGUCAACGAGGCUGCCAAAUUUAGGUUCCGAGAGGGUGGGACCGGAGGCAACUGUGGAAGUCUUGUUGUCCGCAUGCCAUGUGGUAGCGUCGGACAUGGCGCCCUUUACCACAGUCAAAGCCCUGAAUCACUCUUCACCCACAUCCCAGGUCUCCGCGUCAUCAUGCCUAGGUCGCCAUCACAAGCAAAAGGUCUUCUGACAGCCUCGAUACUUGAGUCAAAGGAUCCCGUCAUUUUUAUGGAGCCGAAGAUUCUCUACCGAACCGUGGAAGAAUUUACGCCGCGUGACUCCUAUACCCUACCACUAGACAAGGCCGAUGUCGUCAAACAAGGCAAGGAUUUAACGGUGAUUUCCUACGGACAGCCAAUGUACCUAUGUUCUGCAGCCAUCGACGCUCUGGAAAAGGAGAUCAAAGGCCUUAACAUCGAGUUGAUUGACCUCAGAGCAAUCUAUCCAUGGGAUCGAGCCACUGUUAUGGAAAGUGUCAACAAAACUGGGCGUGCCAUUGUGGUGCACGAGAGUAUGUACAAUGCCGGAGUUGGUGCAGAAGUUGCUGCGAGCAUCCAAGAGUCUGCCUUCCUGAGACUCGAAGCACCUGUUGCUAGAGUUACUGGUUGGAGUACUCACUGCGGUUUAAUUUUCGAGAAGUUCAACAUUCCAGAUGUCACGAGGAUAUACGAUGCAAUGAAACGGACAUUGGAGUACUAA